AUGUUUGUUGGUUACUUCGCGUUCUUGCUAAUGCAAUAUAUCUUGGUAUACCCAUGUGUUCCCUUAGAAGAGAUUGAAAACCGGCCAGCAAUGUGUGUUAUUGCAAAUAUCUAUAUCUUGGUCAUGUUCGUCGUUAAUGCAUCUAUAUUACCACUUUGCUCCAGCACUAUCCCGACACUUAUUUCCUUACGGUGCCUAUCUUGUUCAUUUGUGCUAGAGGCUGUAGGAUUGACACUAAACAUCUUUGCAGUGAGUCAAAGUUUAAAAGCGGGCGAAAUGUUUCAAGUUGAAAAUUUGAAAGGCGAAAGCAGCCCAGUAAGAGUGAAUGUCGAGACAUACAUUAAUUUUUUCAUCGUAACAUUGUUGGUUUUCUCAGUGUUGGCUACUUGCUCUUGUCUUGGCCUUGUUAUCAUUUGUGAAAGAGCAUUGGAAUACAUUGAUAAUAAAGUUGAUCGCAGAAUAAUUAAAGCUACGCAUCGGCAACGAACGAUAUUCAGCCCAACCAUAUUAAAAAAUUUGAAACGGACUCCAAAUCAAUACCACAACCUGUGA